AUGCUAAUCCAUCGGCGCAAGGUGGCCCGUCAUCGUUGGUAUCAUCGUUGGUUCUGUGAUUCUGCUCGCCGUGUUAGCAUACGCAGAAACAAAACGCCCAAGCACUUUGACGACCCUCCGUUCCACCAACACCCACCACACGCUCCCAACCCGGUUUAUCAAGCGCCCCCGGCUCCACCGGUUUACCGUAGUGAGCAACCGAAUGCGCCCUCCUUCCGUGAUGCGCAGCUGACUGCGCGGUUUGAUGCGCCGAAGUCCCCUGCCGCUCAUAUUAAUGAGGAUGCCCUGCCCGAGAUGCCAACAUGGGCUGGAGCUGUCGACAAGCAUGUUGAAGACCUCAAUCAUCGUGACGACGUGGAAAUGGAGCCAUUGAAUCCGCCGGACCGGAAGCAGGGUGCUGGUGCCCCUGGCGCCCCUUACUCAGGCUAUUCGCCUAAUCCAGCCAUCACGGCAGUAGGAUACCGAGGCUUCGCGCCUACAGAUUCAUAUGCGCGCCGCUCCCCUGGUCCGAGUGCUGCAUUGAAUCCCAUGCAAGACCCAUAUGCUCGACGUUCGCCCGGCGUGUCUUCCCCUGGAGUAGCCAUUGAUCCCUAUGGGAGAAGAUCACCAGGCCCGGCCGCGUCACUCAAUGCUGCGCAGGAUCCAUACGGACGAUCGCCUGGCCCAGCAGCCUUGGCUCCUACUCAAGAUCCCUAUGAACGGCGUUCGCCCGGGAUAUCAGUCCCAGUCGCCACGGUUGAUGCCUAUGGAAGACGGUCUCCAGGCCCAUCGGCCUCUUAUGGAACCAGAGUGCAAGACCCGUACGCCCCGCAUCCCCCAGGCCUCACAUCGCCCGCCGGGGCCCCCGUCCACAAUCCCUAUGACCAGCAACAAUACCAAGACUCAUACGACGACCACUCUCCCGCUGGAGGGAAUGGCUAUCACGCCGUGACAACACCCUCACCCGCAGCAGCAUACAAACCACACACGAACUACAGCCCGGUGCCAAUGGCCUUCUCCCCAUCCUCAGAAUUAGACCACUCUACAGGCACAAACCCAACACCAGGCUUCCAGCGCCAAGCCUCAUUCGGCUCCAGCCAGUAUCCGCCAACAUACACCUCCCAGCCUUCAUACCGCGCCUUUUCCCCAGGUGCUGCUACUACUUCUUCUCCUCCGGCUUUCUCUACCCCCUCGCCCUCAGAGUACAAUACCUAUAACCCUCACGCCAAUAUCACUCCUAUCCCUGAGCCCGACAACUCCAGACCUCCAAGUCUGUUGCAAAGCGGUAAAAAGCCUACUGCCAAUGCUUCCAGCAACUUUUGA